CUGGACACUCUGGGGGCCCUGUGCCCUCCCCUGGCUCAGGCCAGGGACACACCACCGCAUUUCCUGGGGCAGGCCAAGUCCGAGUGUCAUUUCUCCAACGGGACGGAGCGGGUGCGGUUCCUGGACAGAUACAUCUACAAUGGGCAGGAGGGCGUGCGCUUCGACAGCGACGUGGGGGAGUACCGAGCGCUGACUGAGCUGGGGCGGCCCGACGCUGAGUACUGGAACAGCCAGGAGGACAUCCUGGAGGAUGCACGGGCCCAGGUGGACAAGCUCUGCAUGUACAACUACGAGGUGUCUGACAAAUACCUGAUGCAAUGGCAAACGGAGCCCACAGUGACCGGGUAUCCUGCAAAGACCCAGCGCCUGCAGCACCACAACCUCCUGGUCUGCUCCGUCAACGGCUUCUCUCCAGGACACAUUGAGGUCCGCUGGCUGCGCAACGGCCAGGAACAGGAGGCCGGGGUGGUGUCCACGGGCCUGAUCCGGAACGGGGACUGGACCUUCCAGAUCCUGGUGAUGCUGGAGACAGUUCCCCGGAGCGGGGAGGUCUACACCUGCCAAGUGCAGCACCCCAGCAGCCCCAGCCCUGUCACCGUGGAAUGGAGGGCCCAGUCUGGAUCCGCCCAGAGCAAGAUGCUGAGUGGAGCCGGGGGCUUCAUGCUGGGGCUGCUCUUCCUCGGGGCGGGGCUGCUCAUCUACUUCAGGGCUCAGAAAGGACACUCUGGACUUCAGCCCACAGGUAACGCUCUCUAAUCCUCUCUUAGGGACACAUUCGGUUUCCCUAGAACAGAAGGUGCAGGGGAGGAGCCAGGGGACAGGUAAAGGGGAGCCUGGGUGUGGCUCUGGCGGCCGCUUACACUGCAGGGU